AUGAAGAAUAGUUAUGGCAGUGUUGUUCCCGUCAGUUCUCGUGAUCCAACAAAGUUUCAACAUCAGGUAAUUGUAUUUUUAAAGAAUCGCUUCAUUGACAUGACAGCAAAGUAUGUGUAGCUGAUGUACCCAGGUUUUCCACUGAAAGGGUGGCGUGCACAUUCUCUGCUUUAGAUUGACCUCUGUAUGUUCAUGCAUGAGACUUCCAGGGCGUCUGUGCAGUUUUAUGUUGUAUUAUAUAUGGUUAUUACAUACAUUGUAAUUAUAAUAAGUUAUUGUUUAUACAGGGUUUUGGUGUGCUUCUCAUGGAAGAGGCAGAAAGGAUUGCGAGAGAUGAACAUGACAGUGAGAAAAUUGCAGUCAUCUCAGGUAAACAAACCCUGCUGUAUAGAGGUGGUGAUCCCUUAAAAUAUCCACCCUUCCUCCUAGACAAUGUUGUUGAGUGGGGUAAAGUGCUGGUAUAACAUUGGGGGGAUCUAAUGAAGUUAGUUGGACACAUUUUCCUAAAAUUUCGAUCCAUUUUAUUGAACAGUUUUUUCCACGAUUGUAGCUCUUAGCUUCAAGUAAGGAUGAUUACAGUAGCACCCCCACCCCACCCCACCCCCACCCCACCCCCACUUACACCCCCACCUACUACAUUAAAUUUUCUCAUGAUUCACGUCAGGUGUGGGCACUCGUAACUACUAUCGCAAAUUGGGAUAUGAUUUGGAGGGACCUUACAUGACGAAGAUGAUCAACUAG